AUGGGCAUGAAAUUCCUACUUGGCGUGGCGAUCGCCGGAAGUGCUUUUAUUAUAGUAAUGUCAUUAAUAGCUGCCACCAUGGUUUUUCGCGACAUCAACUCAUUGUAUGAUGAAAUUCUGAUUGAAAUGGACGAGUUCAGGAUGAUUGCCGACGAUGCUUGGAGCGAAAUAAUGUUUGUCAAUUCAAAUCCAUACGGUGCCAAUUGUGGAUCAACAGCGAGCAAUUGCCCAAAAGGACCACCAGGACCACGUGGUCCCCCCGGUGAAAGAGGACCAAGUGGGUCACCAGGUCCGGAUGGUGAGCCUGGGGCACCAGGUGUAACACUGCUUGCCACUUUCAAUAUUCCUGGCGGUUGUAUCGACUGCCCACCUGGACGUCAAGGGCCACCUGGUCCAAACGGUCCACCGGGUCCACCAGGCCCACCUGGCCCAACAGGUCAGCCUGGGAAAGAGGGACGCUGCGGCCCGCGCGGGCCACCAGGACCUGAAGGAGACGAAGGUCCAGUCGGUCCAGAUGGAAUACCAGGCGAGUUAGGUCGAGACGGCCAACACGGACAGCGUGGAACAGGACCGCGUGGUCGAAAAGGACCGAUUGGACAACGUGGACCACCGGGUCCAAAAGGUGAUGAUGGACAGGAUGGACAGCAAGGACUGCCCGGAGAUGCUGGUGCGGAUGGUCGACCGGGUAUGGAUGGACGUGACGGAAAGCAUGGCGCCACUGGAACGCAGCAGCCAACAUACAAGCCUCAGUUGGCACCGCCAGCACCACCAAAACAACAACAACCGCAGUAUCAACAACAACCAAACUAUCCGCCUCCUCGAUAUACCCCGGAUUCGCAACGCUCACCACCAGCACCUCCUUCCGAAGCAGCAGCGAAUUAUCAGCCGUAUUCGCAUAGGCGACGAUUAAAGGAGAGAAAACAUUAA